AUCUGGUGUGUAGGGUUAACACAAAAAGGGGGUGCGGUUUCAUCCAGAACUCCCCUUAUAGCGUCCAGAGAAACCAAAAUACAUCCAGUGCAAUCGAAGUGCUGUUGCAUCUCAGACACAGAAGAGGAUAUUUAAUUCAGAAAUCAAGCCUGUGCGCACGCGCGCGUGUAUAUGUGUGUGUGUGUGUGUGAGUGUGUGAGAGGGAAAGGGCGUUGAGAAGAUUGGUGCUGAUUACAGGUACAGCAAGCUAAUGGAGAGAUUUUAAUGGCGAGAAUAAAACGGAUGAGGAUGUAACAGGUAACAAGGAGAAAGAAACAGGCGUCUGAUGGAGUGUUUAAUCAGAGUCUGAUGCUGGAGGGGAAAUCAGCUGAGUGUUUAAUCAGAGUCUGAUGCUGGAGGGGAAAUCAGCUGAGUGUUUAAUCAGAGUCUGAUGCUGGAGGGGAAAUCAGCUGAGUGUUUAAUCAGGCAUUUCACCUGGACAGGAGAAGACAUCACCUGCAGCUUGGGGCUUCUGUAAGCAGCUUUAGUGCAGGAAGUGAAAAUCCGGUUUAACACGUUUGAAGCCAGACUGUCUGCCAGAUGAACUCAGAAAGGAUGCAAGGGUGACCCAGAGGAUUUUCUUCCACUUGUUAUUGACAAGCUUGAAAUGACACCUCCUAAUAAGGAUUUCAAAAAUCAAGAGAAGCGCACUGCUCUGCUGAGGCAGUCCAAUUAGGAUUUGUCAAGCAAUGCUGCUUCUGAAAAACGUACAGCUCAACUCAAGUAAUUAAUGGAUGUCAAUCAGCCUCAGAACUCGGAAUGACUUUGCCGGAUAUAGUGGCAGCAAAGGAUGACCAUUGCUAAAUUCUGACAGAUCACUUUUUUUUUUUUUUUAAACUUUUGUUCUUUCACUGUGCACUUAGAAAGAUGAAUAACAUGUUCACCAUAAAAGCAGAUGUCAUAUUUCACGCUGCGGAUCACGAGGACUCGGAGCAGUCCAUCAUUACCAAAGGGGCUGACAAGGUUAUUCCAAGAGAAGUUAGUGCUUGUGUUUCCGAGACAGGAAUACUGCAAAGAUCCUGGGAUAAUGUGGAAUCUGGGAGUGUAGCGGAGACUGGAAAUCUGGGAAAGCGCUGCGUAGGGGCGGGAGACUAUCUGCAAGAUGGAAACUCCAGUGACAGUGGGUUUCAGGAUCACAUUCAACCAGUGGACGGAAGUGUUAAGAAGCAGAGCGAGUCCUUGAGCAAAAAUGGAGUAAAAGAGGAGGCGAACGGAGCCACAGCUGAGAGGCCUUUACUUAGCCUGAGGUCAGAAACCAGAGGGGAAAUGGCUAAAUCUUAUGUUUACGACACAGAAGUCGUAAGGAGUCCAAGCGUCAUCAGUAAUGUGUCGUCUCUUUCACAGGACUCUUUUUCUGACUCAAAGGAAAGCAGACCAUUGGAACAAGCACUGGGCAAUUUAUGUUCAUUACAAGGAGCUACACAUUUUACACAUGAGUCAGUACCUGACGUAAAGCACAGCGGUAAUGGGGUAAGAAAUUCCGUCUCUGUUCGAGAGAACCCUGAUUUAGUCAUUGAAGUAGGCAGACAGAAGGUCCAAGUACAUAAAUCUGUGCUAGCUGAAAAAAGUGACUAUUUUAAAGCGAGGCUUUCUCGAGACAUUCUGAAAGUGAAAGGUGUGAGCUACAAGACAUUGUCGGUCUUGAUAGAUUAUGUUUACACCUCCAACAUGAAUGUGAACAAGGAUAAUGUUGUGGAUGUUGUGACCGGUGCGAAAAUCUUACAGAUCCCCUGCGCAGUGCAGGCCGCAAUUGACGCCAUGUCUGCCCAGCUGACACCACAGAACUGCUACGAGAUUCUAACCAUCGCUAAAAAGCAGCGACUAAGCGAGCUGAAGGAGACGGCAUACCGUUUCAUAAGUGACAACUUCCUGCAGGUACUGAGAGAUCCGGCCGUUUACGGGCGUCUCACGGGCUCUGAGCGGGACCUGGUUUUGAGAAAUCGUAUGGAGGGACGCAAGUGCCUGAUGGUGGCUGAGAUCAAUGACGUGUUUGAGCGAGUGGGCAGCAGACCCCCUAGCAGGGGCAACAGCAGGCCACAGAGUCCUCUCUCCGCUGCCUCGUUUGAAGACAACCACAUGAUCUACUACUACAACGAGAACACCAAGGAUUGGCACACUUUGACCAUAAUGCCCGAGGAUAUUAAUACAAAGGGCUGUGGCAUCUGUUGCAUGUAUAACUACCUGUUCGUCGCAGGUGGCAUCCGAGGAUAUGGGGAGAAAGGAAAGGCAUCAGACAAAGUGUUCUGCUACAAUCCCAUAACAGACCGCUGGAGCGAGAUACGGCCCAUGAACCAAGCAAGGUCACAACUCAAAUUAGUGUCCAUGGAUGGCUUUUUGUAUGCCAUUGGUGGGGAAUGUCUCUUCACAGUGGAGAAGUAUGACCCUCGUAUGGACCGUUGGACCACUGUGGCUCCGCUACCCAAAGGAGCAUUUGCAGUUGCCCAUGAGGCUACCACAUGCAACGGCGAGCUGUAUGUAUCGGGAGGAACUCUAUUCUACCGCCUCUUGAAGUACGACCCCAAGAGGGAUGAGUGGCAAGAAUGUCCAUACAACAACAGCAGGAAGAAAUCCACCGACAUGGUUGCGCUGAAGAGCUUCAUCUACAGGUUUGAUGUCAACCGAGAACAAGGCAUCAAUGUAUUUAAAUACAACACCAUAGUCAAGAUGUGGCAUGACUGUGCUUCCUAUCAGCAAGGGAGCCCACUGCCGUUCAGGUGUGCUGUGAUUGGAAAUUGCAUCUACUGCGUGAACAAGACCCAGACUCUGCAGUUUAUCGUGGAGGAAGAAGGUGCUCGGUUUGCAGAAGAACCUCUAAAAGCUCCCAUGGAGGCUAAAGGAGUGUUAUUCCCAUUCAUUCUGACCUUGCCAGACAGGAGUGAUCGAAAUGUGUGAGUAGGGGCUCUUCGGGGAGAAAAACUUGAGUAGAAAUGUGUAAGAAGCAUGGUCAGUGAUUAUGGAAAAAAAGAAAGCUUUAUUUCUUGCCCAGUUAAACUGCUCAAACCUGGAAUGUUUGUUUGCAUGGUGGAUGGAUAUCCAUGGGACACUUUAAAAGGACAGCUCUUUUGUUUUAAUAUUGUGGCACAGUGGCAUUACUUAUAUAUGUGUAUAUAUAUAUAUAUAUAUAACCUGAAUGCAUUUUACCAUUUGUUUUGUGCACUUUUGUACUUGGAUGGUUGGACAGAAAUUAUCUGGCAGCAAAAAAAAAAAAUCAGAUUUAACCAAUGUUAUAAAAUUUACACAAAAAGCACAACAAAAAUAUAACUGCAAAUAAAAUAAAGCAGUCUAAGUAUAAUUAAGUGUAUUAAAGUGGAGCUAGAUAUAAUUUAAUGAUAGCAAAGAAGUGACUAUAGCACAGAAAACUAAAAUAUUUAGGUAACAUGAACAUUUGAGCACAUGCCUUUGACUUGAAAACGAAGCCAUUGAACGAGGAAAGGUUACACUACCGUAACUUGGCUGUACGCUGUUUAAGAGCACAAAGCACUUGACUGUUCUCUUACUUUGGCAGCACUCAGUAAGGAUACAGAAAUAACACUUGAGGAAAGUCUGAAUGUAUGCAUCGAAAACUUUUUAAUUAGCUUGUAAUUCGAUACUAACAAGGGCUUGACAAACAGCAGGUGACCUGUGAUCUGAAUUGAAGAAAAACCCAUAUCAAUAAUAUAUUCUAUAUAUUGGGGGGCUGUUCAUGUGUCCUUUAGUUCAGUGGUUAUCAAAGUGGGGUCUUUGGACCCCCCAGGAAUCCAUGAAGCAUAGCCUAGGGGUCUUUUUUUUAUUGUAUUACAGUGGUGGAAAUGACAAUCCACCAUUAUCAGUGCUAUUAUAUUUAUUACUGAGUUCUCAAUGUUGUUAGCUGGUUUGACUGAUCACUCGAUUCGAACGGGUUUUAUUCAAAACCUCAAUAUCUCAGACAUUUCAGCUUAGAAAUAAUGUCUACUGGAUAUCUAUCAAAUUGUUCAAAGAUCAGGAAUAAAAAGCUCUAUGGCUCAAAAUAAAUUCCACAAUAUUACUGUACACAUUUAAAUAAUGUGUAAUAUUUGAACAGUUGGUUAUAAAAUAAAUGUGUGCUGAGGAGAUCUAUGAAAUUUAUGUUACAGUUAAUGUUGUCCCUGGGUGCAAAAAGGUUGAGAAAACCCCUGCCUUAGUUAAAAAAAUAGCAAAAAAAACACCCCUUGUGGUAAAUAAAAUACCAAAGACAAGCAGGCUGAUUAUCUCGGGUUGAAUCGGAAGCACAAUUUUCUGAGCUUUGCUGAUUUGAUCUCACUUUUUGAGAGAAAUAUGACACUUGUGAAAAAGAGUCACAUUAACAACACAGCACUUGAUAAGUGGUAAGCACAUAGAAUUCUUUUAUCAUGCUAAAUGAUUCGAUUACAGAGUAAUUCCUUCUUCAGUGCCACCUGUCAUUACUGGAUUCAUACAAGCAACAAUAUUUUGCACUUAUGGAUGACUUUUUCCAGUUUGCAAUAAGAUGCUAGAGUUAAUGAUGUGUAUGCAUGUGUGUGUGUGUGUGUGUGUGCUGCUAUCAUGGAAGUAAAAGCAAACUAAUCUCAAUCCCAAUCUGCUGCUGCAUUUUUGUGAAAUUUACAAAAUACUGGAACAUUAUUUGUAGUGUAAUUCUAAGUAAUUCCAAUAAUUUAAUAACUAAAUUUGAAGCUACAUCUGUCCAGUCAUAAUACUGCAUUAUUUUUCAUAUGUUGUGACCAGUUCAAGUUGAAAUAGAGCCUUAUAACUCUCACUAUAAAUGUCACUAUGCUCUUUCUCGAUGUGUGAUUAUGAUUAUUAUAAAUAAAAAAGUAUUGUGCAAA